UUCAUUUCAUUCUAUUUCAUUUCAUUUUCAUCGAUGGGUUCCAAUGAGGCGUUUGUUGGUGUUAGUAGCACCGAUGUUAUCUUUUCUUCUUCGUCUUCUCCUCCCCCUUCUCCCGAAAAUGAAAAUGGAAGAUGGAUUUGUGGCUACAACACAGUUACUCAUACAUACCACCUUCUUCCUCGAGGCAAUGCCAAUGACACUGGUGAUGUCGCUUCAAUUAGAAAAUCCGUACAUAUAUUAGAAGUUCAAUCCGGUCACCAUGAUCAACCACCAUCACCAUCACCGUCGCCGUCACCGGCACCAAUUAAUAAUAAUGAUGUAAUAAUGGCGACUCCAAUUCGUGCUGUUGCUGCUGAUGAUAAGACGACGAAGAAGGAGAAGAAUAAGAAUAAGGACGGUCGAAUCCAUAGUCUACCACACAAGAAAUAUGGACCGUACACGUGUUCAGAGUGCUAUGAAGUGUUUGCUACUUCUCAGAAGUUUGCUUGUCACGUGACGUCGAGUCACUACAAGGGAGAAAGUGAAGAACAGAGAAAGAAAAGAUAUAUGUCAAGAGUUCGAAACAGAUCUAAUCUUCAAAUUCAGAAGGUCGAUGAUGGAAUCACUGUUGUUGCUGCUGCUGCUGCUAUCAAUGAUGAUCAGACCAUUGCUGUUGAUCCUACUCCUCUUCCAAUUCCAAUCAAAGUAAAAUCGGAGCCCCAAGAUUCAUCAUGAAUUAAUAUUCAAUCAACAGGCUGCAUCAAUUUUAUUUUCAUGUUUAGUUCUGUACCAACUAUUAUUUUUCAAUGCUUUUAUUUCUUUAUUUAUGUUCACCCGUUGAUUUUCAAUACUAAAUCUCUCAUCACAACUGAUUUAAAUGAA